UGAUUUCAGGCGCGCAGUCUCAAAUUUUCAAAGUAAACUUGUCCGCGCAAGAAGCAAAGUUUUUAUGGCACACCAGCACACCAGAAAUUUUUGGUGGUGCACACCGGCACGCCAGGCUUUUUGCUCGUGUACACCAGAGAUCUCAUCGAAAAGUGCCAUACUCUGCAGACCGGAGCAUGUCUGGUUAGGGAUUUUUGUGGAAGGAAAAAGAUGAUGGGUUUAUCACUAAAAGACUUUAGACAAUAAAAUGGAUCUUGGUGUUGAAAAGAAAGUACCUGGUAACUCAUAUAAUGAAGAUGGAAUUGGAAUUAGCUCCGAAUCAAAAGAGGAAGGCCAGUUGCAAAGACAGGUUGUCAGCAAUUUCUCUGAAGGCUUUCCUGGAGGUCUAGACAAUGGUGUCAUAAAGGCAAAAAGUUUCUAUGGUUCAUCGAGCGUGGCAUCUGGGAAUGUUGAUUAUAGUAGAAUAAGAAAAGAUGUUCUUAGUAAAAAGGCAAUUAGUAGCUCUACAAAAGAAAGAAACAUAAAUGGAGGUGGUAAAUCAAAGAAAGGUGCCAGCCAUGGAAGAAUUACAAGAAAGGAACAGAGAAACCCUUAUGUUAGGAAAAUCCAUAAAUCAAGGAAGGAACCCAUUAGAAACAGAGGUACUGAGUUAAAAGUGAAUGCCCAAACAGAUGUAUCUAUUGAUAUGAAUGAUUCACAUGAGAAAAUCCAGCAUCCUGUCUGUAUUGAUGUACAGAAGACAAUUAGUCCAAUGUUUUCAUCAGAUACUGAAUCACAAGAUGCAGUAGGAGCUAAAAUUUCAUCUUUGAUUAAUAAAGUUUGUAGGACUUAUGAUUCAAAUAGUGAUGAUAUUCUUUCUCUGGACAAUGGCGAAUCUGAAACCCGCUCAGAAUCUUUGGAAAUUGGUGAAUAUAAUUCUAGUUUCUCUCUUUCAUUUUCAUCCGAUCAUGAUUCAUGUGACAUUAAUCAGAAUGCAAUAGACUGCAAAGACAGAAAUGGAAUAUCCUCCGAAGAUUUAAAUAUUGCAAGUGAUGAUGAAGGUGUAUCUUUGUGUUCAUUCAUUGAUAAGUUAAAAUCUGUAAAAGAUGGGAAAACUGAAAAUUGUACAAAUACCUCUAGCAAAAAGUGCAUACUAAGUAGAGGAUUAAACCAGUCAUUAUCAGAUAAAACAAAAUCUUUGCAAGACGAGGAAGAAGGAAGAAGUUGUUUUUCCUCAUCUGAGUUGGAAAAUUAUGAUAAGUCCAAAAAACAAGACAAACAUUGCAUUAAAAAUGUCAAAACUGAUACUCCAUCGAACCAUACAAAUGGAACUGGAUUGUUUAGAUAUUUCAAGAGAACAUCACCAAAAGAUGAAAAUAACAGAACUAAAUCAGAUGAUAGUGGCUCGAAGGUUGUCUCUAGUGCUUUUCAGAAAGGGAAAGAACAGCUGUUGGUACCUGAAAGACAUUCCCCUAAUAAUAAAAAAACCUUCAAUCAAAAGCUGAUAUUUGAUAUUGCAAAGUCAAGUCCAGAAACAGACGAUGAUUUACAAGUACCUAAAAAGCAACAGAAGAAGGAAAAGAGGCAAACCCUGAGUCCGCGAAUGGGUCCCAAAAAGAUGGAGCAGUUGUAUAUUGAUGUUGGGCAGAAGAAUUUCGGACAUACAACUUGUGAAGCAUGUGGAAUGGUUUAUACAAAGACCUUACCCGAGGAUGCAUUAGAACACUCCAAAUAUCACCAAAAGCUUAUGCAAAAACUGAAGUUCAAGGGAUGGAAGAGUGAGAGAGUUUUACAGGAAUUUCAUGAUGGUAGAAUCAUCCAAGUGAAUGCACAAGAUAACAGUUUGCAUUUAAAAAAGAUUUCAGACGUCCGCGAUAUUGUUGAUGGCGAACUUGGAUUCGCACGUGGUGUAAUCGAGCUUUCAUCACUUGAAAAAGUUUUCAUUUUCGUCUCAAUGCAAAAGAUCGUGGGCUGCGCCAUCGCAGUUCCCGUCUCAAAGGCCUACCCUGUCAUAGCUAAUCAAGGUACUCCGAGCCCAGAAGUGAAUUCUGGGGUGCCAACAUUGUCAUGGUGCUGCAGUGCGAAUCCUGUUCCUGCAUUAUGCGGUAUUAGUAGAAUAUGGGUUUUGAAGCAGUCUCGACGAAAGAAAGUUGCAGAAAGGCUAGUGGAUGCCAUCAGGAAUAAUUUCAUUUUUGGUGUUGUUAUAAGCAAGGGAAAACUAGCAUUUAGCGAUCCAACACCCGAUGGAAGACUUUUCGCUGAAAAGUACACAGGGACACCAAAUUUUCUCGUCUUUCGGUAGCCCGUAAUUUUCUUGCAAAUAGUUUUUCUAGACAUGAAUUGUUAGAAAUAGUUAUUGAAUUUGAUAUCGCGCAUUAUUACUUCGCAUAGAUACGGAUUUUCAUAUUACGCCAAAUUUAAAACUUUUCGAUUAUUAAACUGUUACGGUUUUUUAUGUUUUUCACCAAUGUGGAUGCGAAGAGGUAGAGAAAAAUGAUCCCUUCUCAAUAACUACACAGUAACACAGAAGGGGAUGGGGGUAGUAAGAGGGUAGGCAAGGCAACCCAAUACUCUAGAGAGUCCCCAAAACAAGACAUUCGUGGAUCGUACUAAGUUUGAAAAUGUUGCCUCUUAACCCUCUCUCCUAUGACUGUGUUGGUUUUUACAUGUUUGGGCAUUAGCUCUUUACGUUAUUUUAAACAUAGUCAUUCCUAUAUGUUGACCAUAAAAAUGUUCGCCCCCCCCUUCAAAGUCAAAAUCGUAACUACCCUUGUACAGUAACAUGUGCUACUGUAGCCUUGAUACCCACUAGAAUAAUGCUCAUGUGCUCUUCUUAUGAUCCUUUUCUAAAGAAUAUAGAAUUGCAAUGUGAUGGCGUCAUUAAACUAUUUCAGAAUUUGACCUGAGUCCCCCGAAUGUGUUGAAAACAACAUUGGACGCUGUGUUGUAUGCGUUGCCUGUGUUAUUCUCGUUUAUUUUACUGGUUAAGGGGUAGUAUAAGAUAGAUACUGCAAGACAUAAAAUGUUCAUUUUAUAUAUAAGUUUUGAAUGCAUUUUCAAAACUCAUACUUUGUAUGGAUAGCUAAUACGUGAUCACUUCCUGCUUUUAACUCUUCAAUGGUCCUUGAUCAUAGCUACCUCUCACCAAUUUCCCCUCACACCCCCGAAAUUUUCCAUGAAUAGAAACCCCAUCGACUGACAUAUCCCUAUUUUAAAAUUGUGUAAUCCCCACACCCCAGAGUAAUGUUUAACGUUUGACAGCCAAUUUUUAUCUUUUUUAGUUGCAGUCUCGUGUGUUGUAAAAGUUUAUGAUUUAAUGUUAAUAGUACAAAAGUAUUGAAAUUUAUUCUUGCUUUGUUAAAAAUUUGGAUUAGUUAUUUACAAUUGGGAUCAAUAUUGAUCAGCAUUGACACUCAGUUAUGAUGUUAUUUAUACCCUUGUUAUAAUGAAAAUUUUAUCAAUGAAUGUAGAUUGAAAAAUGAAACGAUAGUUGAA